CAGUAUCAUUUCCAGGCCAAUAAAUACCUGAGCCUCAUCUUCACCACUUGCCGUUUCUAGUGCACUGAAUUCACUGAUUUACUUUCCUAUCGUUUCUCAGUCCCCUUGAUCUUGAUCAGAUGGCGAAAGAACCAGUUCGCAUUCUCGUUACUGGAGCUGCAGGACAAAUUGGAUAUGCUCUUGUCCCUAUGAUUGCUAGGGGAGUGGUGUUGGGUGCUGACCAGCCUGUGAUCUUGCACAUGCUUGAUAUCCCUCCUGCUGCAGAGGCACUGAAUGGGGUGAAAAUGGAGUUGGUGGAUGCUGCAUUCCCUCUUCUUAAGGGUGUCAUUGCUACAACUGAUGUUGUUGAGGCAUGCACCGGGGUUAACAUUGCAAUCAUGGUUGGUGGGUUCCCAAGGAAAGAAGGCAUGGAAAGGAAAGACGUGAUGUCGAAAAAUGUGUCAAUUUACAAGUCUCAGGCUUCUGCCCUUGAAAAGCAUGCAGCUGCAAACUGCAAGGUUGUAGUUGUUGCUAACCCAGCAAACACUAAUGCAUUGAUCUUGAAGGAAUAUGCACCAUCUAUCCCAGAGAAAAACAUUACUUGUUUGACAAGACUGGAUCAUAACAGAGCUUUGGGCCAGAUUUCUGAGAGACUAAAUGUUCAAGUUUGUGAUGUUAAAAAUGUUAUUAUCUGGGGAAAUCAUUCAUCGACCCAGUAUCCUGAUGUUAGCCAUGCAACCGUGAAAACACCAUCUGGAGAGAAGCAUGUCCCUGAGCUUGUUGCUGAUGAUGCGUGGUUGAAGGGAGAAUUCAUUUCUACUGUUCAACAACGUGGUGCUGCAAUUAUCAAAGCUAGAAAGCUGUCAAGUGCAUUGUCUGCUGCCAGCUCUGCUUGUGACCACAUUCGUGAUUGGGUCCUUGGAACCCCAGAGGGUACUUGGGUAUCCAUGGGGGUAUACUCUGAUGGUUCAUACAAUGUACCAGCUGGACUCAUUUAUUCAUUCCCUGUCACUUGUCGCAAUGGAGAGUGGAAGAUAGUUCAAGGACUUUCAAUUGAUGAGUUCUCGAGGAAGAAGUUGGACUUGACAGCAGAGGAGCUCUCUGAGGAGAAGGCCUUGGCUUACUCAUGCCUCUCUUGAAUGCUCUCUCUAAUAUCAUAGUACAUCUGGCUUUUUCUUUUGUGACAGUUUUGAAAUAAUGCCAUUGUUAGGAACUGUUAAUGAUGGAGUAGCUGCUUCUAUGGAUUUUAUAUUUGUUGCAGCUUUUAUUUCUGCGAGGAUGUUUGAAUUUAUAAUGGUAAUCGGUAAUCCUGGUUCUGACUA